AUGUUCUCUUUCCAUAUGUCAGUUAUCCACUGUUCUAUUUCCCUCUGCAUUAGCCUGUUCUAUUUCCCAUCUAUCCCAGUCUUUUCUAAUGCAUGUAUCCACAUCUCUUUCCAUCUAUCUCUUCAUCUGUUCUAUUUCCACAUGCCAUGUCUCUUCCAGAUGUCUCAGUUAUCCACUGUUUCUGCCUCUCUGCAUUACAUCUUUCCCAUAAUUCUCUUCCCAUCUAUCCCAGUCUUUUCUAAUUUAUCCACUGUUCCUGCCUCUCUGCAUUACAUCUUUCCCAUAAUUCUCUCCCAUCUAUCCCAGUCUUUUCUAAUGUAUGUAUUCCACAUCUGUUCUUUCCAAUCUAUCUGUUCUUCCUCUCUGCAUCUGUUUCUAUUUCCUGUUCUAUUUCUAAUGCCAUGUUCUAUUUUCUAUAUGUCCUCUCUCAUUAACCUGUUAUCCACUGUUUCUGCCUUCUCUCUUCAUUACAUCUUUCUAUUUCCCAUAAUUCUCUUCCCAUCUAUCCCAUUAUCCACUGUUUCUGCCUCUCUGCAUUACAUCUUUCCCAUAAUUCUCUUCCCAUCUAUCCCAGUCUUUUCUAAUUCCACAUCUAUCCUCUUCUUCAUCUAG